AUGGCCUCAACCGUGGUUCAUUUAUCUGGGGAUCUAAUCAACUCUGGUAGAUCAACUCAUAACACCCGGAUUGAGCGUCUGUGGGUUGAGGUUGGAUCUCAGUUUGCGCGCAGAUGGCGGGCAUUCUUUAUCCGGCUUGAACAUAUCCACUGUCUUAGGCGAAAAAAUCCAUAUCAUCUGUGGCUUAUUCACCAUCUCUUCCUUGAUCUCAUUAAUGAAGACUGCCAGACGUUUCAAGCUGAGUGGAAUACUCAUCCUAUAUCAGGUGCUGAGGGAGCAGAUGAGAGCCCCCAUGACAAGCGGUUCCUUGGAAUGAUACAUCAUGGUAUUUAUAUGGAUGAUUGCGAAGGCCUCGAUACCGACACAAUUGAACAUUUAUAUGGAACUGAUGGCCCGGAAGUUUUGCGUCCCCCUGGUCAUACAGGUGCUGGAUAUCUCAAUGACGAGGGUGAAUCAACCCCAUCAAAUGCUAGCAGUGAUAGCGAGGGUGAUAACGACUCAGAUGUAGAGGGGUUCGACACAAGGAUUGAUAAUGUUGCACAAGCAAGCAGCCGUCAAUUCCUUCCCAAACCAGUAAAAACACCCCGCCAUAUCUGUCCAUUGACUAACAAAGAAAUGGCAAUUUUUAACGAAGCUCUUCAGCUGGCAGUUGCCCAGGGAAUCGUUCCUGUUGGUUAUGGAAUCUGCCCAGAAGAAUGGAAAGAUAAUCACUAUCCCUCCAUCGAGAUUAUUCAGACUGGUCGUAAAGGUGCAAAAGAAAUCUCAGUACAGCUGCCUGACUUCAUAUGGCGACCACGAGCACACUUAUGGACCCUUGGACUCAAUAUUCUGGAACACAUUGUAGAGAAUAGAACUUUAUAG